UUGAUUAUUCCUCCUUAUAUUUUAAGCCUUGAAAAACUCUUAACAAAAUGCAGAAGUUUCAACUUUUGCAUUUGUUCAUCUUGAUUUCAUUAACAACGAAAUUAACAGAAGCUCAGAGUGCCAUCAAGACAGGAUGCAGUCGUAGGUGUGGGAACGUUUGGAUUCCAUUCCCUUUUGGGAUUGGAAGAAACUGUUCUCUGAACAAAUGGUACACUGUUGAUUGUAACUCCUCGACACCAUAUCUAUCUGCACUCAACCACUUGGAGAUACUCCGUGUAGACAUGUAUCAACAAACGGUCGCUGUUAAUGGCUCCACGAACAUUGAUCAUUGUAAGAACCCAGUCCAAAAUAGCAAUCUUGUGUUAAGCGGAAGUCCAUAUCGAUUUUCCAGACUUAAUAACAUAUUUGUUGUUGAGGGAUGUGGAAAUGGUGUCAUCAUGCACAACGGGAGUAUUGUGUCUGGUUGUUCAACGACUUGUCAAGGUGACACUGUUAGUGACAGGAAGAAUUGCUUUGGCAUCGGUUGUUGCCAAUCUACAAUUCCUUAUGAUCUCGAGUCGUUUACCCUGAAUCUAACAGGCUUAGAAAGGCGAAGUGGAAAUCAAUCAUGUGUCUCUGCGAUGGUGGUGGAUUCGGAAACAUACUCUAGUGGCAUAUUUUAUGGCCAAAAUGUUCCGAUAUCACUUAAGUGGAUUAGAGAAUUCAAUCGUAAUUCAACAGGAUGCAUAAAUUGUGAACGUAAUGGAGGAGUCUGUGAUCCAUCUCCUGGCUCGAUAUCUGGCAUGACUUGUCAAUUUUAUGGCGGCAACCCCACACAAGAGGGUACUAAUUUUGUAGCACAAGCUCCAUUUUACUUGGAUUCGGGAUGGUUUGAUGCAUGUGGGGAGGUCUUGAUUCCACCCCCUUUCACGAUUGGAAGAAAGUGGUCUAGCAGCGAUUGGUAUACUAUUGAUUGCAACUCAUCCAAACCAUAUCUAUCUGCACUCAACAAUGUAGAGGUGUUGGGUAUAAGCUACGAACGUCAAACAGUGACUGUUAAUCUCCCUAUGAUUUCAGAUUGCCAGAAUCAGGUGCAAUAUAGCAAUCUUGACAUACGUAGAACUCCCUACAAAAUUUCUGCAUUAGCUAACAUGCUUGUCGUUGAGGGGUGUGGCAAUGCAGUCAUCAUGGAGAAUGGGAAUAUUGUGACCGGUUGUUCAACAACUUGUCACAAUGACACUGUUAGUGAUAUAAACAACUGCUUUGGCAUAGGUUGUUGCCGAAUUACAUUAAGUUCUAAUGAUCUCAGGUCAUUUACCUUGAAUAUGACAGGCUUGGAAAGACAGAAUGGAAAUGGAAAAUGUGGAUCUGCCUACUUCGUGGAUAGGAAAUCCUUUGUUGAAGGUAGAUUUUCAAGCAAAUCUGUAUUCGAUGGAUAUGCCUUUGUUCCAAUAUCACUUUCAUGGAGCAACAACUUAGAUGUUGAUGCAGAACCAGAAUGUAGAGCGUGUAAGAAUAAUGGAGGGGAAUGUCACUAUGAUCCGGGUGUAAUCUCUAACAUGACUUGUCUUCAUCCCGACCGAACAAGUGAAAGCAGACGUAGCAACAAUUCACUAGGUGUUAUUCUAGGUGUUAGCAUAAGCAUGGGGUCACUUUUCCUCAUGGUGAUCAGCUACACAUUAUAUAAAAUAAUCAAGAAACGUGAAGCAAAGAGAAGGAAAGAAAGGUAUUUUAAACGCAAUGGUGGUCUACUUCUUAAACAACAAGCAGCUUCUAUCAAUUUAUUUGAUAAAACCAUACUUUUUACCUGCAAUGAAUUAGAAAAGGCCACUGACCAUUUCAAUGAGAAUAGAAUUCUUGGUCGAGGAGGUCAAGGCACAGUAUAUAAAGGCAUGUUAACUGAUGGAAGGAUUGUAGCCAUCAAGAAAUCAAAGGUGGUUAGUGAAAGCCAACUUAAACAGUUUAUUAACGAAGUGGUCAUUCUUUCACAAGUCAAUCAUAGAAAUGUGGUCAGACUACUUGGUUGUUGCCUAGAAACAGAGGUCCCGCUACUUGUCUCUGAGUUUAUCUCAAAUGGUACCUUGUAUGAAUUUAUUCAAGAUGAAACUAACGAGUUUGCAACUUCUUUAAAGAUGAGACUACAAAUUGCUAGAGAGGUUGCGGGAGCCCUUUCUUACUUACAUUCAUCAAGCUCCAUUCCAAUAUACCAUAGAGACAUUAAGACCACUAAUAUACUUUUGGAUGAAAAGUAUAAAGCAAAAAUUUCUGACUUUGGAACUUCAAGGUUCGUGUCAAUAGAUGACACUCACUUAACUACAUUAGUCAAAGGGACAUUUGGUUACUUGGAUCCGGAGUACUUCCAGUCAAGCCAGUUUACUGAAAAGAGUGAUGUUUAUAGUUUUGGAGUUGUUUUGCUAGAACUCUUGACAAGAGAAAAGCCAAUUUCCUUAACUAGAUUUGGUGAUAAUAGAAGUUUAGCUACACACUUUGUGGUCGCCAUGGAAGAAGGACGUAUAUUGUCUAUUUUGGAUGAAAUGAAUGUUAAAGAGGGUUCAAUGAGUGAGUUGUUAUCAAUAGCAAACCUGGCAUUGCGAUGCUUGAAUUUGAAUGGAAAAAAUAGGCCAACAAUGAAAGAAGUUGUUAUCGAGUUAGAAGGCAUGAGAUUGUCGCAUGUUUCCUCUACAGUUCCAAAUAAUUUUGUACAUAUGAAGUAUGGUGAGCAAGUAAAACAAAUAUAUGUUGGGUCAACAUCAACAUCAUUGACAUUCGAUGAUGACCUUUGUCGAUGAAUUAGGCUUAGUUCAUUUCAAUAUCAAUGUAUCCCGAUAACUUGGUUGUAGGUCAAAGUCUAUUGCAUAUUAUGUAUAUGUAUAUUUAUGUUUGUAUAAUAAGAGUUAUUUGGCUUAUUUUCUAUAGGGUUUUUGUGUAGAGGU